CUUAACCUAUGCAAAGUUCGUUUCAAGAUUUGUGUAUGUAGCUAGCAAGAGGUGUUGGAAGCCACGAACGAAGGGUUACACUAUUGGUAGACUCAUCUGGGUACCUCCAACAACAGGUGAACUAUUCUAUUUAAGAAUGAUGCUCACUGUAACAAAAGGGCCACAUUGUUAUGAGGAUAUUAGGACGGUUGCCAACAUUCAAUAUCCGACCUUUAGAGAAGCGUGUUUUGCGGCGGGAUUACUUGGGGAUGAUAAAGAAUAUAUUGGAGCAUUAAAAGAAGUUAAGGACUGGGCAUCAGGGCACUACUUGAGAAAAUUGUUUGUAACUCUGCUCUUAUCAUGUCCCGUCAGCAGACCUGAGCAUGUAUGGGAACAAACUUGGCAGUGGUUGGCUGAUGGAAUUUUGUAUGAACAACGAAGGCUCUCGAAAAUCCAAGAUUUACAACUUAGUGAUCAAGAGUUGCAAAAUUUAACUCUUGUGGAGAUCGAGAAGUUGAUGCAGAAAAAGAGAAAAAGUCUAAAAGAUUAUCCCUCAAUACCGUAUCCAAAUGGAUAUAUCACGGAACAACUAGGGAAUAGGCUUAUUUAUGCAGAACGUGAUUAUGAUACAUCCAAGUUGCGUGAGGAGUUCCAAACUUUGUAUGCUUCUCUUACUGGUAAAAUAAAUACAAUUCAUAUGAUUUAUAAGUCAAAUUAAAUGAUUUUGAGAGUCAAGAAAAAAAAUGAUUUCCUGCAUAUAUUUUGAUGCUAAUGUUGCAGAUGAACAGAAAGGCAUAUUUGACACAAUAAUGGAAGCUGUGACUAACCAAAAAGGCGGAGUAUACUUUUUAUAUGGUUAUGGUGGUACAGGAAAAACAUUUAUGUGGAGGACACUAGCUUCUGCCUUACGUUCUCAGCGCCAUAUUGUUUUAACUGUCGCGUCCAGUGGUAUAGCUUCUCUACUCUUACCUGGCGGUAGAACUGCACACUCUAAAUUUUCAAUCCCAGUUCCCACUCUAGAGAACUCUACAUGCAAUAUACAUCAAGGGAGUGAACUUGCAGAGCUCUUAAAACAGACUAAGUUGAUAAUAUGGGAUGAAGCAACAAUGGCUAAUAAAUUUUGUUUUGAAGCACUAGACAGAAGCCUAAAUGACAUCAUCAACAAUGAUGGUGAUUCAAUUUUACCAUUCGGAGGAAGAGUGGUUGUCUUUGGAGGAGACUUUAGACAAACUUUACCAGUUAUUCCUGGCGGAAGCCGUUCAGACAUUGUUAAUGCUACAAUCAAUUCUUCAUAUCUAUGGGAUGACUGUCAGGUACUGUCUCUUACUAAAAAUAUGCGACUUCAAAAUAGUUUGGAUAUGACAAGUGCUACCGAGCUCAAAGAAUUUUCAAAAUGGAUACUGGAUGUGGGGGAUGGAAAAAUAUCAGAGCCAAACGAUGGUUAUGCAGAAAUAAA